GUUCUCGGUAGUUUUCUGCUAUUUCUUCCGCAUUGUGCACGCGUUGCACAUUGGGAACUACACUGCUGAUUUACGAAACGACGGCGACGAUGUUGUCUAUCGCAAAGGAUUCGUUGAAAAAGUCUCACAAUUUUUAUGUAUACAACAAAUCAUUCACUUGCAUAACGUCUCUGCGUGCAAAGUUUACGCGGAAUGUCGAAAAGACCCAGUGUCAAGAAUCGUGCGCGGAAAAUGUCAUCCGUCAGCCAAAUCACAACACGAAACAAGAGGUAACGAUGCAAAGUUCUUCCUCUCAUCCGCAGACAAUAUACAAUCAGAAGGGUUUUUUUACUUCUGCACAAAGGUCUCACGGUAAAGAAAUUGAACAGAACAUACUUGAUGUAUUGUUAGCCAAUCUUCUGAAAGCUAAUGGUAUAGACAAGCAGGGUACCUUCUUACACAAGACGAUGAGCCAUCUCAUGGCUGUGAAACUACAAGCGAUACAUACCACUUUGGAGGAUAACUUAAAAUUACCUCCUUCCAUGCUAUAUGUGAAUAGAACAAUUGAUCGAUACAAAAAACAUGAGAUACCUUAUUUUAAGGUAUCAAAGACAGAACAAUUUUUGAGAGAAAACGAUUCAAGGGCUAUGUUAUUGUCUAAGAAAUUGAUAAAAAGUCCUGCUUUGAACUGCAUCAACACGUUUCAUACCAGUGCAUUAAACAGAGUUUCUUUUGAUGAUGAAAUGAACAAAAAAAUGCAUCAUCAAAGGUCACUUGCCAAAGACGACAAUGUAGAUUUUAAUCAUCAGCAUGAGGAUCACAAUGAUGAUUUUCAUUUUGAAUCAGUAAAUUGGUUGAAAGAUGAAUCAAAUAAUAAAUUCCGUCCAAAUGACAAAUUGGAAAAUGAUUCUUUGGCAGAAGCAAUGGAUUCCUUUGUGGAGAGAACUGUAAGAAGACGGCAUGUGAAAAGACAUUCUCAAACCUUACAUUCAGGUUGUAGCAAAGAAGAUCAAAAUAAGGGCAUGUCAGAUACUGCGAAAAAAGUUACCAUCAGCCAGGAAAAACUGGAAAAGUUGUACCCAGAUCCACGAAAUGCGAUGAAUAAAAUUUAUUCCAUUGUCAGCACAGAAUUCAAAGAUCCAAAGUACAUGGUGAAAGUAAAUUUUGAAUCUAUAUUGCCAAACAAGGGUAAAAUAAGAAUCUGGCAAGCUACCUACAAUGUAUUGUGGCCAAGUGAAAUGAGUUUCACGGCUAUAGCUAAAACAAAAGCAGCUGCUUCUAGCGCAGCAAGUCUUAAGUGCUUACAACAUUUGGUAUCAAAUGGAAAUGUGAAAAAUGGUGUGCCAAUGGUUUAUGGCCCUAAUGAAAUUAACGAUAUUAUGAAUUCACCAAUCAGAAUAGAAAUUCGGCCAAAGUUAAUUGACAGUGUAAAUCAACUUCUAGCUCGUUACAGUGAGGAUAUAGCACCACUUUUGGGGAAUUCCGAAGCUGAACCAAAUAAUAUUAACUCAUCACAAAUUGAAAUGAUUGACAGUGACGAAGAUAUUUACGAAGGCGAAGCGAUUUCACCCACAGUAACCAACAUGAUUCAAGCAUCUGAUCGCUUACUUGAUCCACUUAGAGCAACACCAUUAAUCCAACAUAGUAAAGCGACUCUGGAUAAACGAGAUAUGGAAAUGUAUCAGAGACUCAAAGCAAGGCAAACUGACAGCCACAUCAAUUUACCCAUCAUGAAGUACAGAGAGGACAUCAUAAAACAAGUUGAAGAUCAGCGUGUUUUGGUUGUGAAAGGUGAACCAGGCUGUGGGAAAAGUACCCAGGUACCACAGUUCCUCCUAGACCAUUUUACAAACCAUGGAAAAGGAACGAACUGCAAUAUUGUCAUCACAGAACCACGUAGAAUAUCAGCAAUUUCGUUAGCCAAGCGUGUGGCCGCUGAGAGAAACGAAAAUUUGGGGGACUCUAUUGGUUACCAAGUAAGAUUGCAAAGUAUCCCGCCAAGUGGGCCGAGUGGCGGGAUUCUGUUCUGUUCAACUGGAAUACUUUUGCGAAGAUUGCAGAACAAUCCUAACUUGGUUGGAUGUUCACAUGUAAUUUUGGAUGAAGCGCAUGAACGGGACUUGAAUACAGACGUAUUGAUUGUAUUGCUGAACCGAGCAUUGCAAAGAAAUCCGAAUCUGAAACUGAUCAUCAUGUCUGCCACGAUAAACGCUGGCUUAUUUGAGAAGUACUUUGAUUGCAAUACGAUCAUGGUUCCUGGCUUUAUGCACCCAGUGAAAAUGCAUUUCUUGGAGGAUAUAAUGCGUCUUGGCAUUAGGGAUAUAACGCAUCAAGAUAUGAAUCUACCAAACCCAUCUGUAAACGCUGAACAACUAGGGAAAUUAGUUGAGUGGAUCUCAAAAAACAAACCCAACGGUGCUAUCUUAUGCUUUCUCCCAGGAUGGUCUGAAAUACUAAAAGUAAAACGAUAUUUAGAAGAGAGAUUGAGCUCUAACACUCACCUGAUUCUGCCUGUUCACUCACGGCUUCCUCAUUCUGAUCAGCUAAUGAUCUUCAAUAAAGCACCUUACGGAAUCAGAAAAAUAAUUCUCGCAACGAAUAUAGCUGAAACUAGUAUAACUAUUGAUGAUGUAGUAUAUGUUGUGGAUUCUUGUGCACACAAGGAAGUUCGGAUUCAUCAUGACACAGGUGGUUGUAGUAUUGACAAUCAAUGGGUAUCACAAGGAAAUAUAAAUCAGAGGAAAGGAAGAGCUGGUCGUGUGCAGCCUGGUGAGAGCUACCAUUUCAUAACUAAGGAUAAAUAUGAAUCGCUUGACAAGUUCCCAUUACCCGAAAUUAUGCGGGCUGAACUCCACAAAGCUGUUUUGGACUGCAAAACGUACACAUCGGAAAAAGCAGCAGAAUUUUUCUCUCAGAUGCCUGAACCACCGAAAAUAACAUCUGUGCAGCAUGCAGUUAACGAAUUAAUCGAAAUUGGCGCGUUAAAUAAGAACGAGGACCUGACGGCAUUGGGAAAAAGAAUUGCACUAUUCCCUGUUGACCCUAGACUAAGCAAAGCUAUGGUUUACUCUGCUAUCUUCCAGUGCGUAAACCCAAUUGUAACACUGACGUCGAUACUGUCUUCAGACGUUGAAAUAUUCAUGGAUAGGUUAUAUGACAAAUCACCAAUGAGAAAAAUAAAGGCUGAAUUUGAGCCUAUGAGCGAUCAUCUUGCCUUGGCUUGGCUAUUCGAGCAAUGGAAUGUAUAUGCCAAUCAAAGCCAAAACGAAGCUUAUCAAUUUUGCAAAAAAGCGCAGCUUCAGUUUGGCAGGAUGAUGCUCUUGAAAGACCUGAAAGAUUUGUUCGGUCAGCAUCUUGCUCAGUGCCGUAUGAUUGGCACGUACGAAAAUUGGAAAGACUUAGGUUCACAUCUAAACACAAAUUCAACAAAUGACGAGUUGGUACGCGGUGUCCUCCUUGCUGGAUUAGGAAGGGUGCUCCAGAGAAGAGAUGGAGAAUUUAAAAAUGGUAGAUUCAAGAAGGUUAAGAAUGUUAUGCUGAUGCAAGAUGGACGGAGAGCAACUUUAACACCUGAUAGCGUCAAUUAUAACAGAGAAAAAUGGCCAAGUCCUUACCUCACCUACCAACGGCAUGUUCACAGCAGUGAAAGAAGAACUACUCUUAUUCGGGAAAGUAGUAUUAUUUCACCACUCACCGUCUUAUUGUUCACUGAAGGAAAUAUUGAGGCACAUAAUUAUCGGAAAAACAAAGUCGAAACUACCGAUGUCUUACUGACAUUCCAAGAUAAGAAAAACGUCCGGCUCAUUUGCAGCGAAGAAACUGCAGACUUGUUACUGAAUCUGAGGAGUUCGUUGCAGAAUGUAGUGCGUUACUUAAUCGAAAACCACGGUUUGGCUAAUUGUGACGAGAACAUCAGGACUAUUGAGUCGUUUAAAAAGGAACUAUUCAAUUUACUCUGUAAAAUUUUAAACGAAGCAAGUGGACUGGAUGAUCAAUCUGAAGGGUCUAUUCGUCAAGCUGAAGAAGAGUGGUAGUAUCAAGUUAGUAUGGUUUUUCUCCAAGAAACAUACUUUCUGUUGGUGUGAUACAUGUUUUAAUUGUGACAUCCCGAUGCAAAACUGGACUCUUUCAAUAUACGUUGUGGUCAUUUGGUGAAGUUAAAAACAAAGUUUUUCGUAAGGGUUUCAUGCCCUGCGCUAAGUGUUGUAGGGUGACCCAGUGAUCCUAUUAUUCUUAUGAAACGUCUACUUCACCGAAUCCUCUCAGUGUAACACCGUAUUAGUCCAAGUAUAAGUCAAGGUUUUUUGUCGCCGAUAUUUCCGUAAAAAUUCGUGCUUAAGUUAUACGCGGGAUUGACUUACAUUCGGGACAUGUUUGGAAAUUUUAUUUAUCGCUGGAAAAAACUCAUUUUCAACUUAAGUAUUCAUAAAUAUGUAUAAAAAGGUAAUAUUAAAAAUAAAUAUUCCUACUUCUGUGAUGAUAACAUGUCAUAAAAUGCGACUUAUAUUCGAUUCCUAUAAAAAAUUCCUGGAAAGAAGUCGAAAAAAUGGGGGGCGAAUUAUGUUCAGAAUUGACUUAUACUCAGGGUAAUACGGUAUUUGUUAAUUUGAAUAACGUCGUGAAAAGCUUUAUUGAAAACUAUUAAAUUUAAGAUAGUCCGUCAGCUGGAUGUUGGACGAAUUCAUAGUUGAUAUGUAUUAUAAUUUAUUCAAGUAUUAUAAUUGUUUCCUAUGAUAUAGUAUAUAAAUGUAAAUUUGUAUCAAAUGAAGCAAUUCUCAGAAUA